AUGAGUCACUUCAUUAGCAUAAACCAUCAGGAACUAGUGACAUUUGAGGACGUGGCUGUGGAUUUCUCCCAGGAGGAGUGGCAGUACCUCAACCUUCCACAGAGGACCCUGUACAGAGACGUGAUGUUGGAGACCUACAGCAACCUGGUCUCUGUGGGGCAGCAGGUUACUAAACCAGACCUCAUCCUCAAGUUGGAGGUAAAAGAAUUCCCGGAAGAAGGAAGAAUCCCAAUUUGGAGCUUUCCAGAAGUCUGCCAAGUUGAUGAACAGAUUGAGAGGCAUCAUCAGGAUGAUCAGCAUAAAUGUCUGUUGAUGCAAGUUGGAUUUCCUGACAAGGAAACAGUUAGAACCAAGAGUGGCCGUGACUGUAAUGAAUUUGGAAACACACUUCAUCUGAGUACAAACCUUGUUGUUUCAAUACAAAGACCCCAUAAAUAUGAACCAUUUGGAAAUAAUAUUGUAGAUAAUUUAGACUUAUUUAGUAGAAGUUCUGCAGAAAAGAAAUAUGAUAGUGGAUGUGCGAAAUUAUUCUUCCAUACUGAGUAUGAGAAAACAAAUCCUGGAGUGAUACCCUAUGGAUAUAAAGAGUGUGGGAAAGCCCUCAGGCGAAAGAAAGGCCUUAGUCUACACCAGAGAAUUAAAAAUGGAGAGAAACCCUUUGAAUGUACUGCAUGUAGGAAAACCUUCAGCAAGAAGUCACACCUCAUUGUACAUUGGAGAACUCAUACAGGAGAGAAACCCUUUGGAUGUACUGAAUGUGGAAAAGCCUUUAGCCAAAAAUCUCAGCUCAUUAUACACCUGAGAACCCAUACAGGAGAGAGACCCUUUGAGUGUCCUGAAUGUGGAAAAGCCUUCAGAGAAAAGUCAACUGUCAUUAUACAUUACAGGACACACACAGGAGAGAAACCUUAUGAAUGUAAUGAAUGUGGAAAAGCUUUCACUCAGAAGUCAAACCUCAUUGUCCAUCAGAAAACCCACACAGGAGAGAAAACCUAUGAAUGCACUAAAUGUGGAGAAUCUUUCAUACAGAAGCUUGAUCUAAUUAUACAUCAUAGUACCCAUACAGGAAAGAAACCCCAUGAAUGUAAUGAGUGUAAGAAAACUUUCAGUGAUAAGUCAACUCUCAUUAUACAUCAGAGAACUCAUACGGGAGAGAAACCACAUAAAUGUACUGAAUGUGGGAAAUCUUUCAAUGAGAAGUCAACCCUUAUUGUGCAUCAAAGAACUCAUACAGGAGAGAAACCAUAUGAAUGUGAUGUGUGUGGAAAAACCUUCGCUCAAAAGUCAAACCUUGGUGUACAUCAGAGAACUCACUCAGGAGAGAAACCCUUUGAAUGUAAUGAAUGUGAGAAAGCCUUUUCUCAGAAAUCCUAUCUCAUGCUACAUCAGAGAGGUCAUACAGGAGAGAAACCCUAUGAGUGCAAUGAAUGUGAAAAAGCAUUUUCCCAGAAAUCAUAUCUUAUUAUACAUCAAAGAACUCAUACAGAAGAAAAACCCUAUAAAUGUAAUGAAUGUGGCAAAGCCUUCAGAGAAAAGUCAAAGCUCAUUAUACAUCAGAGAAUUCAUACAGGAGAGAAACCCUAUGAAUGUCCUGUGUGUUGGAAAGCUUUUAGCCAGAAGUCACAGCUCAUAAUACAUCAGAGAACACACACAGGAGAGAAACCCUAUGCAUGCACUGAGUGUGGCAAAGCUUUCAGAGAAAAAUCAACAUUCACUGUACAUCAAAGAACUCACACUGGAGAGAAACCCUAUAAGUGUAUGGAAUGUGGGAAAGCCUUUACCCAAAAGUCAAACCUUAUUGUACACCAGAGAACCCACACAGGAAAGAAAGCCUAUGUAAGAGGCCACACCCGGAAGUCAAAGCUCAUCGCACAUUAGAAAGUAAAUCAACAGUGUCUGUUUUGGACACUGAAGGAAAGUUGUGUCAAUUUAAUUAACAUUUUAAAAAUAUGUUCAGACUUCUGGUUUAAAUAUGGGGAAUAAAGUUGGCCUUUCUUCUUUUCAUCUCAGUCUUGAUCCAAAAGCUACAGGAGAAAAAGAAGCAGAAGUAUAAUCUCUGUAUCUGACAAAAUUAGGAGACAGCUGAAACCCUGACAAGAGGACUGGCAGAGGAAAUCAAGCACCGGUGCAGGAGAUUUCAGAGAGAGAGAGAGUGCUCAAGGCUGCAGAUGUGAGACAGCACUGGUAAGGACUCUUAGCUGAGGUUCAGGAGCUACCCUGAGGUGCAGAACCAUAAACAACAGAAACAGAGUGCAUGGGCGGGUAGGAGGUAGGAUGCUUCCUAGACCAUUUGCGGUCUGAGGAGAAACAUAGAGUAGCCUCAACAAGGAAUCACUGAGACAAGCCAUAUUUGUAGAGUGUAGUCUGUACUGAUGGGAGCAACAGUUGGGGCGGGGGGUUCUAGGGGAAGAGAACGGGCUUUUCCUUGUGAAGAGCCCCGCAGCUACCCGUUUACUGACUCAGGAGAAGUAAAAUCUGAAAGAACUAACACGUGGGAAAAAAAUCCCAGUUGUUAGAAAAACUGAUCUGCCCAGAAUGUGGCCUGGUUCCUUCCCCACAUGAACCUCCAGCAAAUAGCAAGUCCAGAAAAAACUCUUCUCAUUCAAAGAGGAAUGAUUCAGAAGUAAUCAAAACCACAAAUGCACAUGGUUUUGGAGCCAGAAAUUCCACUCCUAGGAAUGUAUAUACUCACAUGUGUACAAAAUGAUGAACAUACAGAGGUAUUCAUUGAUGCAUUAUUUGUGAAAACAAAAGAUUGGAAGCUAUCUAAAUGACACCACCAGGUUCUGUUUCCUGAAAUUGUGGUAUAUUCACACAGCAUAUUCCUAGGUAGACAAAAUGAAUUAAUAAAGAGAACUUGGAUACCAUUUAUGUAGUGGUGUGGAAUAAUCUCCAAGUUAUGCUCUUAGGUAGGAAAAGUAAGGUACAGGAUAGUGAGUAUGAUCUGCUACCACUUGUACAUAAAAAGGAGAAAAAUGGUAAGUACAUAAUUGGUUGUGUAUGUAUGAAUUAUCUCUGGAAAGAGACACAAGAAGAUGGUAACCCUGAUUACCUCGGGGAAGAGGCAGUGGUGGCAGGGGGGAUGGAAUUGGGAGGGAGAUAACUGUGUAUCCUUUAAUAGCCUUUGAAAAUUGUACUGUGUGGUUGUACUGCCUUUUCAAAAAAUAAAGAAAACAUUUUAAAAAGC